AUGUCAUAUUAUAUUAAAUUAAGACGAGCAAAACAAACAUACUUUAUAGUUGUUGUUCCUUCAGACACUAUUGGAAUUGUUAAACAACGACUAGCUAUGGUUGCUGGAUGUAAUCCAGAUAUUAUUGGUAUUUUAAGUAAAGAUAAUAAAACAAUUAUGAGUGAUGACACACAACUUGGGGUUGGAGUAGAAGUUGGUCAACUUUUUUAUUUUGUAUUGAGAAAUGAAACAGGAGAAUAUGAGCCAUUAAAAAUAAUUGAUCUUGUUUAA